AUGAAAGCAGAAGACAAUGAACUUUAUUAUUUAAACGAACGAUUCACACUGUACACAUUGACUGCACGCAAAACUCUGCUGCAAAUCAACUUGAAAGACGUUCCUUUAGCAGAAGAUGUAGAUUUAGACAGUAUAGCUGAACAAUUAGAUGGUUAUUCCGGUGCGGACAUAACGAAUGUAUGCAGAGAUGCUUCAAUGAUGUCUAUGCGACGAGCUAUAGAAGGACUCUCAGUAGAGCAAAUCAAAGGUCUUAAUACUGCUACACUUAAUCAGCCGACACGAAUGGCUGAUUUCGAAGAAGCAGUCGGUCGUGUGUGCAGAUCUGUUUCAGCCAGUGAUGUUGAACGGUAUGAGAAAUGGAUGACAGAGUUUGGGGCUACAUGA